AUGUUCCGUGGUGAGCUAGCAAAGGUUCGUGCUAAACUAGAACCUUGGGAAAAACAAUUGAUUGAGCACAAUGGAAAACUUGAAGUUACGUCUACCAAAGGAAAAUUUUUGAAUGAGAAGGUAGAAGAUCGGAAUGCUUCAUUGGAUGCCCUCCAGCGUGUUGGAUCAGAAUUGGCAAUGCAUGUUGUAGCAGCAAAACCUUUAUUUCUGUCAAAGGACCUUGUUUCUUCAGAUGCAAUAGAGAAUGAACAUGAGAUUCUCAAGUCCAAGUCCAGAUGCAGCUCUGAUUUUUCUGCUUCUGGGGUGUUACCAGUGGUUGGAAGGUUGUUAUUACAAUAG